AUGAUAGCAUUUUAUAUUCCAGACCCAACACGACCAGCUGAUGGAUUUUACUUAUACUUCCGUCCAGCUUCAACAGCUGGAGAAUAUGUCAAAGAAACUGUAGACGGCGAGAGGUCUCGGGUUCAUCGCAUCGAACAUUUAACUCCUGAUACUACAUAUGAGGUCAAAGUGCAGAGUUUUACGGCUGAUGGAGCAUCAGAUUUUUCAGCGAUUUUAACUCAAAGGACCAUGAAACAACCAACGGAGCCCCCCACGCCUAUGGUAAUACUUGAUCACAGACCGUCAUCUGCAGCAUCAGCGUCUGCUUCUUCCGGGUCAUCUGUGGUUAACAUGAACGAGACCAUGGACAAAGAUAAAAACCGCCAAGGUGAUUCAUCAUCUGGAGCAUUGGCCGUAGGCGGAGGAACUGCUGGCGGUUUAGCUGCUGUUCUGGUUCUAGGUGCUGCUGCAAUUUAUGCCUUGCGAAAGAAAAAGAGAGAGAAGAAUGAGAGAGAUCACAGUGAGCGAGAUGAGGGAGAUGAAGAUGGCAGGAUAUCGAGUGAUAAUAAAGAUGGUGAUUUUGCCAACAUACAAGAUAAACAAGAGGGUCAUAUUUCAGAAUCUAAUGGUUAUAUAACAGCAAGCGCUAUUAAUCCACAUAAUAGUUACCAGUUGAAAACUGUUCAAAUCACCGCCAAUGGAUGUGCAAGAGUUAAUAUUACAUCUAAUCCCCUGGCUGAAGAACAAUCUGAUAAAAAUGCAAGCGUGACACUGACCGAGCUCGAGAUGGAAAUGUCCUUGCUCUCCCAGAACAACAACAUGUCUGGUAGUUCUUCCGGAAGCGCUGCCAACAAUAGUGAUUCGAUGGAUAAACGACAAUAUAGCGGUGCAGCAUGUCCAGGCCAUGGCCAACCACCUCUUCACAAGAAAAUGAUGAGAAAUGGCGGACUUCAGGUAUCAAGGAGAAACGAAGUGAAUAUGAAUAGCAACAGCAGUAUCGAAAACUAUGUGUGAAUAUGGUUGAUUUCAUGUCAAAGACAUCAUGUAGAUUAUUUUAAAAAAGGUUGAUGUAAAGACAUAGAGUAAUAUAUUACGACUGAAUAAUUUUAACUAUACUUUUGAAAACUGAGCUGUUUGUAGAAAAACAUGAGAACGUGAAUGCCUAAAAGUGAUCUUGAUACUGAUCAAACCGUGCAUUUAAAGCAUAGUAGAUAAAUCAAUUGAGCAUUGAAUCAUUUUGUGUAUAUCUGGAAGUUGUAUAAAUAGUGAAACAGUAUAAACUUUUGAACAAAGUUGUUUAUUCUCGUACUUUACUCUUUAUUUAUGAGUAUUUACUUAAAACGAUAUCAGAUGCGGUUACAUAAAUAAAUUAUCUCAUCGUCAGUUUAAUAAAUAAAAUUGUUUAUAUUUGAA